AUGAAUAAAUUAACAAUGAAUGAUACUACUUGUCUGGAUAGUUAUUACCAAUUGUAUUGUUAAAUUUAAAUUUAAUUGCACGCUAAUAACGUUAUGGCGAAAACAAAAGAAAAAUCAAACUCCAAAAGAAGCUGUAUAUAAGUUUUUGGCAAAAUUAGGGCACACGGAGAUGCAUCCAUUGAAGAAGAUGAAGAAAAUUUCUCUGCGGAAUGGCAGUGGUAUUCGCUUUAUCUCUUCCAUUUCUGGCUCGGUUUUUACAUCUAGAGCUUGUUCUUCAUGCCAUUACAGUAAAGAAUCAAUUUCAGUUAAGGAUAUUGGUGUAAAUAGUAGCAAUUUAGAUGAUGCUGUGAAUCUCUUCCAUCAAAUGGUUACAAUGAAGCCUCUUCCUUCAGUUGUCGAUUUUUCUAAAUUAUUUAACAAUAUGAUAAGUAUGAAGCAUUACUCUGCUGUCAUUUCUCUUUUUUGACAAAUGCGGAAAUUAGGCAUCCCAAUUAAUGGAGUCAUUUUGACUAGUGUGAUUAACAGUUAUUGCAUGAUGCAUCGUGCUGAUUGUGGAUUUUGGGUGUUAUCAAUUUACUUAAAGAGUGGUUUUGCAUUUCGUGUUGUCAUCUUUACAACCCUAAUAAGGGGAUUCUUUGCUGAAAACAAGGUUAAAGAUGCUGUUGAAUUGUUCAAAAAAUUGGUUACAGAGAAGAUUUGUGAGCCUGAUGAAGGCAUGUAUGCAACCGUCAUGAAUGGACUCAGUAAAAGGGGUCAUACUCAAAAAACUUUAAGUUUGCUACGGUUAAUGGAACAAGGGAGCACUAAGCCUGGUUUAUUCAUCUACAGCAUUGUUAUAGAUGCUCUUUGCAAAGAUGGAAACUUAGGUGCUGCUAUUAACAUUCUGAACGAGAUGAAGCAGAAAGACAUUUAUCCCAAUAUAGUCGCAUAUAAUUCAAUAAUUGAUGGUUUGUGUAAGCUCGGUCAGUGGGAAAAGGUUAAAACUUUGUUCUCUGAUAUGGUGAACCUUAAUUUGUAUCCAGAUGUGCGUACCUUCACCAUACUAACAGAUGGACUAUGCAAAGGAGGGAAAGUUGAAGAUGCUGAGGAAGUAAUGAAACACAUGGUCGAAAAGGGUGUAGAGCCUAAUAUAAUCACCUACAAUGUAUUAAUGGAUGGAUAUUGUUUGCGUGGUCAACUAGAUAGAGCAAGGAGAAUUUUUGAUAGCUUGAGAGAUAAGGGCAUUGAGAUUGACAUUUUUAGCUAUAACAUACUAAUAAAUGGAUACUGUAAGAAAAAGAAACUUGCCCAGGCCAUGCAAUUGUUUUGUGAAAUUUUUAAAAAGGGAUCAAAACCCGAUAAUUUUACCUACAAUACGAUCUUGCAAGGUCUGUUUGAAGUUGGAAGAACUGGUGAUGCAAAGCAAAUUUACGCUGAGAUGCUAUCUGCAGGGACCAAGGCUGAUAAAUACAUUCAUGCCACUUUGCUCAAUGGUUAUUUUAAGUACGGACUUGUUGAAGAAGCUAUGUCGCUCUUCAAUAAGUUAGAAAGAAACAGAGUAUAUACUGAUAUUGCAUGUUACAAUGUUGUCAUUAAUGGAUUGUGCGAAAAUGGUAAACUUGACGAAGCACAUGCUGUUUUCAAGAAGCUUUGUUUCACUGGAUUGCUCCCAGAUGUGAGAACAUACAAUGUAAUGAUUAAUGGAUUUUGUCUUGAAGGGUUGUUUGAUGAAGCUAAAUGUAUUCUAAGAAAAAUGGAAGACAACGGUUGUCCUCCAAAUAAUGUCACUUAUAAUGUUAUUGUGCAAGGAUUUCUUAGAUGCAACAAAAUUAGUAAAAUGGCAUCUUUUAUGAAGGAAAUGGUUGGAAGGGGCUUCUCAGUUGAUGCAAGUACAGCUGCGCUUUUGGUAAACGUUGUAAGGGUGAAUCCUUCUGUCCUUGACAUGAUACCAGAGCUUCACUUGAAUAAUAAAAAAAAUGGCAUCAAUGGGAUUGCUGAAGUUGGAAAAAUGGCAAUUAGAAUAUCUCUUGAUUUACCCUUCAGGUUUCUUGCAAAAUUAGGGCACGCGCAGAUGCAGCCAUUGAAGAAGAUGAAGAUAAUUUCUCUGCGGAAUUGCAAUGGUAUUCCCUUCAUCUCUUCCGUUUAUGGUUCGGCAUAUACAUUUAGAGCUUGUUCUUCAUGCCAUUACAGUAAAGAAUCAAUUUCAGUUAAAGAUAAAAUUGGUGUAAAUAGUAACAAUCUAGAUGAUGCUGUUACUCUCUUCCAUCAAAUGGUUACAAUGAAGCCUCUUCCUUCAGUUGUCGAUUUCUCUAAAUUGUUUAACAAUAUGAUAAAGAUGAAACAUUACUCUGCUGCCAUUUCUCUUUUUCGACAAAUGCUGAAAUUAAGCAUUCCAAUUAGUGAUUUCAUCUUAAAUAGUAUGAUUAAUAGUUAUUGCCUGAUGUAUCGUGUUGAUUGUGCAUUUUCGGUGUUACCCAUUUACUUGAAGAAUGGAAUUCCAUUUGAUGCUGUCACCUUUACCACUCUAAUAAGGGGAUUCUUUGCUCAAAAUAAGGUCAAAGAUGCAAUUGAAUUGUUCAAGAAGUUGGUGAGAGACAAGAUUUGUGAGCCUAACCAAGUCAUGUAUGCAAUCGUCAUGAAUGGGCUAAGUAAAAGGGGUCAUACUCAGAAGACUUUAAGUUUGCUCCGGUUAAUGGAACAAGGUAAAACUGAGCCCAACAUAUAUAUCUACAACAUUGUUAUAGAUGCUCUUUGCAAAGAUGGAAACAUAGAUGCUGCAAUCAACAUUCUGAACAAGAUGAAGCAGAAAGACAUUUGUCCCGAUAUAGUCACAUAUACUUCAAUAAUUGGUGGUUUAUGUAAGCUCGGUCAGUGGGAAAAGGUUAAAACUUUGUUCUCAGAGAUGGUGAACCUUAAUAUGCAUCCAGAUGUGUGCACCUUCACCAUACUAACAGAUGGACUAUGCAAAGAAGGGAAAGUCGAAGAUGCUGAGGAAGUAAUGGAACACAUGAUCGAAAAGGGUGUAGAGCCUGAUAUAAUCACCUACAAUGCAUUGAUAGAUGGAUAUUGUUUGCGUGGUCAAGUGAAUAGAGCAAGGAGAAUUUUUGAUAGCUUGAGAGAGAAGGGCAUUGAGACUAACAUUUUUAGCUAUAACAUACUAAUAAAGGGAUACUGUAAGAAAAAGAAAGUGGAUGAGGCCAUGCAAUUGUUUUGUGAAAUUUCUCAAAAGGGAUUGAAACCUGAUAUCGUUACCUACAAUACUAUCUUGCAAGGUCUUUUUGAAGUUGGAAGGACUGGUGAUGCAAAUCAACUUUACGCUGAGAUGCUAUCUUCAGGGACCAAGCCUACUGUACACAGUCAUGUCAUUUUGCUCAAUGGUUAUUAUAACUACGGACUUGUUGAGGAAGCGAUGGCAUUCUUUAAUAAGUUAGAAAGAAACAGAGAAUAUACUGAUAUUACAUGUUACAGUGUUGUCAUUAAUGGGUUGUGCAAAAAUGGUAAACUUGACGAAGCACAUGCUGUUUUCGAGAAGCUUUGUUUCACUGGAUUGCUCCCAGAUGUGAGAACAUACAAUGUAUUGAUUAAUGGAUUGUGCAAAAAUGGUAAACUUGACGAAGCACAUGCUGUUCUCGAGAAGCUUUGUUUCACUGGAUUGCUCCCAGAUGUGAGAACAUACAAUGUAAUGAUUAAUGGAUUUUGUCUUAAAGGGUUGUUUGAUGAAGCUAAAUGUAUUCUAAGAAAAAUGGAAGACAAUGGUUGUCCUCCAAAUAAUGUCACUUAUAAUGUUAUUGUGCAAGGAUUUCUCAGGUGCAAAAAAAUUAGUGAAAUGGCAUCUUUUAUGAAGGAAAUGGAUGGAAGGGGCUUCUCAUUUGAUGCUGGUACAACUGCGCUUUUGGUAGACGCCGUGAGGGUGAAUCCUUCUGUCCUUGACAUGAUACCAGAGCUUCACUCGAAAAGUAAGAAGUGAAUAUUGUUUGGUUUAUUCAGCUACGCUAUCGCUGUGAUACAAUUCCCUAUUUAGCCCUGCAAAAGAAAUAACAGCCUAUGCAUUUGCUAAAGUUGAUGGCAAUUAGAACAUUGUUUGAGCUUUCAACACAGCCUAAUGAGGAGGUUGAUGCUGGGCAAGUUGCUAGUACAGGAAUUGUUGCACCAAGUUAUGUUCAGAAACUUGCAUGCUGUCUCAGAAGAAAGAUGGAUGUGUUGCUGGUUUCUUGGAAGAACGCUUGAACCGGGUCUUAAUUUCAUUUUAUCAGCUGAGGUCGAUCACUAAAAGAAGACUACAAGUUUGGCUUUGGACUCACAGUUGGAGAACAGAUGAGGAGGAAGAGAUUGUCGGGUUCAAACUUCUACUGGUGAUGGUGAUUCCUUCUUGAAAACAGUAUAUUCAGUUGAAUCUGAAUAUUCUACUAAUAAGAUUGAAUCCAUUCCUAUUCGAAAAGAGGGAGUAUUUUUAUCAAGCUGAUAUUGUUUCUGGAGCAUCCUUAUCAACUGGUUCCAACUGGUCACUCGUAGUUGAUUUUGCAAUUUUUGAGACAUUCUCUACAUACGCACAAUAUAGUUGUGUAUAAUAGACCCUUGUAGUACGAACCUUUCCUUGAUCUGCGCAUAGCGGGAAUUAGUGCUUUUAGACAUUUCUUAGAAUUUGUAGAGUUGAUUUUAUUUAGAUACAGAGAUCUACCGUUUUGAUUUUAUUAUUUUGUGACAUAUUUGGUUACUAUGUGCUUAAUAGUUAAUACUACAAAGGUAGUUAAAAGUAAA